AUGAACGUGGUGAUGGUGGGCGCGGAGUGCGCGCCCUGGUCCAAGACCGGCGGGCUGGGCGACGUGAUGCACGCGCUGCCCAAGGCGCUGGCCCAGCGCGGGCACCGCGUGGCGGUGGUGGCCCCACGCUACGCGCAGUACCCCGACGCCUGGGAGACGGGGGUGCGCCUGCGCCUCCGCGUCUUCCAUGCGGAGCAGGAGGUCGGCUUCUUCCACGCCUUCCAGGACGGCGUGGACUUCAUCUUCGUGGACCACCCCGCCUUCCACGCGCAUGCGGGCGACAUCUACGGCGGCUCCCGCCACGACGUGCUCUUCCGCUGCGCGCUGCUGUCCAAGGCGGCGCUGGAGGUGCCGUGGCACGUGCCCUGCGGCGGCGUGCCCUACGGCGAGGACAACCUGCUCUUCCUGGCCAACGACUGGCACACCGCGCUGCUCCCCGUCUACCUCCAGGCCCACUACCGGGACCACGGCCAGCUCACCUACGCGCGCUCGGUGCUGGUGCUCCACAACGUCGCGCAUCAGGGGCGUGGGCCGCUGGCCGACCUGGCCCUGCUGGAGGUGCCCGGCGACUACGCCGAGUCCUUCCGCCUGGACGACCCGCUGGGCGGGGAGCACGCCAACGUGAUGAAGGCGGGCGUGGCCGCCGCGCACCGCCUGGUGGCCGUCUCGCGCGGCUACGCCUGGGAGUGCCAAACCCAGGACGGCGGCUGGGGGCUGGACGCCGUCUUCAGGGAGGCCGCCUGGAAGCUGGCGGGCGUGGUCAACGGCAUCGACCCGCGCGAGUGGGACCCCGCCACCGACCGCCACCUGCAGCACGAUGGCUACCGGAACUACGGCCUGCAGGACAUGGCGGGGAAGGCGGCCUGCAAGGCAGCCCUGCAAAAGGAGCUGGGCCUGCCGGUGGACGCGCGGCGCCCGCUGCUUGGCUUCAUCGGGCGCCUGGACUACCAGAAGGGCGUGGACCUCAUCCGCGACAAUUACGAGUGGCUGAUGGGGGAGGGCGUGCAGCUGGUGAUGCUUGGGUCGGGGCGUGAAGACCUGGAGGCCUCUUUGAGGGACAUGGAGAGCCGGAACCACGACAAGUGCCGCGGCUGGGUGGGCUUCUCGGCGGCCAUGGCCCACCGCAUCACCGCCGGCGCCGACAUCCUGCUCAUGCCCUCUCGCUUUGAGCCCUGCGGCCUGAACCAGCUCUACGCCAUGGCCUACGGCACGGUGCCCGUGGUGCACGCCGUGGGCGGCCUGCGCGACACGGUGCAGGCCUACGACCCUUACGCCAACGCCGGCACCGGCUUUGUGUUCGAGUGGAGCGACGCGGGCGCCUUCCGCAACGCGCUGGGCGACGCGCUCUACACGCUGCGCGAGUACCCCGACUCCUUUGCCGGCAUCCAGCGCCGCGGCAUGGAGCAGGACCUGACCUGGGACCACGCCGCCGCGCAGUACGAGGACGUGCUGCUCCAGGCCAAGUACCAGUGGUGA